AUGUCAGGCUGGCUCGAGCAGGCGAACGCCUGCACCGGUGCCGCACGCGCCGUCAUUGCGCCGCAUGCCGGCUUCUCUUACUCGGGGCCGACGGCGGCGUGGGCGUACAAGCACGUGUCGCCGACCGGUAUCAGGCGCGUCUUUGUGCUGGGUCCGUCACACCACCACUCCAUGUCGCGCUGUGCCGUGUCUUCGUGCGCCACUUACGAGACUCCGUUCGGCGGCAUCCCCGUUGACCGCGCCACGAGCGCCGCACUGCUCGAGACGGGCGCCUUUGAUGUGAUGGACCUCAGCGUGGAAGAGGCGGAGCACUCGAUUGAGAUGCAUCUACCUUACAUUCUCCACGCGGCCGAGGCCAGGUACGGAGCGCUCCUCGCGCCACACUUGCUCUGCGCCGAGAAUUUGUGGGUCGUCUCCUCGGACUUUUGCCACUGGGGGCGCCGCUUCCGCUACACGCGGUACGACGCAGCAGAGGGUGCUAUCUGCCAGUCCAUCGAGGCACUCGAUCGGCGCGCGAUGGGACUGAUUGAGGCGCAGGAUGCGCGAGGCUUCGCCGCCUACCUCCGCGCUACUUCAAACACGAUCUGA